CAGAGAACUCACAUGGCGUUAAAAACUGGGAUGUCAGCGAGCAAACUGUCAAACGUUGUCAACGUGCGCUCAGCGUGAAGGGGGAAAGCUCCAAUAUUAUUUUUAUUUUUAAUAAAAAAAGUUGCGAUAAAUUCUCCAAUAUUUUUUGCAUAAUGAAUUUCCCGUAAAUUUAGUGAAUUUCAAAAAAAUUUGACUACGCACUCAUUAAGUGUGAUAUAAAGUGCCGAAAUUUCACAUUUUACUAGCUCCAGACAAGGCUCAUGUCAACGGGAAUGGAGUCCAAAUAUUUGUUGACAAGCAAAACUCCGGUAAAAUCACCGCAUGGCGCCAGUGCGAAAACAAGUGUUAGCAUAUCUAGUUUUCCAAUUAAACGAAAAUUGCAAAGUCCGGUGAAUGGCAUUGAAAAUGUUAUAAUCAAAGCACCUAAAUUGAAUAACGGAAGUGCAACAACUACCUCAAAUGGAAAAUCAAACGUCAGCACGCCUACACCGAAUGGUGGCAUACAACAUCUUAAUGGCAAAGGUGUACCAUCGAAACAACAGUUGGAACUACAACGACAGGCGUUACCUGUAUAUAAAGUACGUCAGCGACUUAUAAUAGAAGCGCGACGUUCCGAAACUAUGUUGCUGAUGGGUGAGACCGGUUCUGGUAAAACAACACAAAUACCACAGUUCCUGUACGAAAGUGGCUUUGCGCAAAAAGGUAUGAUUGGCAUAACACAACCACGUCGUGUGGCGGCAAUAACUGUAGCGCGUCGUGUUGCGCAAGAACAAGGCUGUCGUCUUGGCGAAACUGUAGGUUACACGGUGCGUUUCGAGGAUUGCACGUCACCACAGACACGUAUAAGAUUCCUAACAGAUGGUUGCUUACUGCGUGAAGCUAUUGUUGAUCGGCUGUUGCGUCAGUACACUGUUUUGAUAUUAGAUGAAGCCCACGAACGUACAAUAAACACUGAUGUGCUUUUCGGUAUUGUCAAAGAGGCGCAAAAACAGCGUAAACAACGGGGUUUAACGCCACUUAAAGUAAUCGUUACAUCAGCUACCAUGGAUAUCGAUCAUUUUGGAAAGUAUUUUAGUGUGCGCGGAAUGUACCUCGAGGGUAAAACCUAUCCGAUAAAAGUUAUGCAUGCUAAAGAAACUCAACCAGAUUACCUUAAUGCUGCGCUAGUGACGCUUUUUCAGUUCCAUCGUGCAGAACCUGUCAACCAUGAUGUGUUAAUUUUUCUAACUGGACAAGAAGAAAUUGAAGUUAUGGCGCAUCAAAUACGUCAGAUUGCUAAGACACAUGAUGCCGAACUAAGUCCAGUGCGUGUGUUUCCACUCUAUGCGCAAUUGCCACAAAACAAACAAUUGGAAUGUUUUCUACCCGCACACGCGAAUUCACGUAAAAUCGUGUUAGCCACCAACAUAGCUGAAACUUCCGUCACAAUACCUGGCAUAAGAUGUGUUAUCGAUUGCGGCUUUGUUAAACGACGAAUCUAUAAUCCCAGCAGCGGUUUGGAUGCUCUUCGUAUUGUGCGUGUUUCACAAGCGCAGGCAUGGCAACGUUGCGGCCGCGCCGGCCGUGAUGCACCAGGCACUUGUUAUCGUACGUAUACGCAAGCUGAAAUGGAAGCCUUCGAAAAUAUGCCAAAGCCUGAAAUAUUGCGCAGCAAUAUUUGCUCUACUGUACUGCAGUUGCUAGCAUUGGGCAUCGAUUGUCGUACAUUUGAUUUUCUAGAUCGACCAACGCCCGAAGCGGUAGACGAUGCCUAUCGUAAGUUGGAAGCGCUCGGUGCUGUAAGAAAUUAUAAAAUCAAACCUGAACUGACAACCUUGGGUCAGCAAAUGUCACAAUUCCCACUAGAUCCACGUUACAGCAAGCUAUUGCUAUCCGCGUCAGCAUUUGGUUGCAUGGAAGAAAUGCUUAGUUUAGUCGCUGUGUUGUCGGGAGAGAAUGUGUUUGUCUCUAGCAAUGAAAAACGCGAGCUUGCCGCUCUCGCGCAUGCGAAAUUCACAUCCAAAUAUGGUGAUCAUUUAACGCUGCUCAAUGUCUUUAGUGCGUUUUUGAAGACCGAGAAAGUUAAGCUCUGGUGCCAUGACAACUUUCUUAACACAAGAAAUCUUUCCUAUGCGCGUGAGGUGCGUAAACAACUACAAGAAAUUGUUGAACGACUCGAUUUGCCUUUAAACAGUUGUGGUAAUAAUCAGGAUCAAGUGCGUAAGUGCCUACUAAUUGGUCUGUUCGAUAAUAUUGCUGAACUGCAGCGCGACAAUACCUACGUUACGAUAGCUGGACGUCAGCGUGCGAGAAUACACCCGUCUAGUGUCUUCCAUGGCAAAUAUCGACCGGAAUAUGUAAUAUUUACAGAAAUUAUGCUGACUGAACGCAAUUUUCUACGUCAAGUCUCUGAAAUCAAUCCCGACUGGAUAGCUGAUGUGCUGCCAAAUUAUGCGCAUUUAAAUAGAAUUAAAAACUCAUUGAAAUAACAUUGAUUGCAUAGCUGCCUAAAAGUUAUUUUACACUAUUUUAUACAGUAAUAGUAAGGUAUUUUCUGCGCAUAACUAAAGAAAGGAACCAUUUGUAAAAAAAUAAAUACGUUUUGGAUGUUGCUAUUAGUGAAAUGUAAUAUAAUUAUUUUUAAAUGACUAAGUAGUAUUCGUCGUUCAUUUGCAUAUAUGCAUAUGUAUGCCAACUAAAGUUUUAAGAAGUUCCAGUUUUACCCAUUUAAAUACCGUUAAUGCAUUUAUUAUUAUUUAAAUUAUUUGCUUCAGUUCAAAAUGCAAUUUUAUUUGUAUUGAAUGCUGUCUUUAAUACAAACAAGAAUAAUGCAACUAAAUACAUACAUACAAGCAUACAAAUAUGAACGCAAACGUGUGUCUUGAAGUGAGUUUCUUUAAA